GCAAUGCCCAAAACGAAAUUAUACGAAAAGCCAACAAGAUAUAACAUGAUUCAUGGUUUCCACUUCCAGUUGAAAUUUUAACGACUUUGGUCCACAAGGAAAAGAGAGAGAGAGAGAGAGAGGAAGCAGCUGCCAUUUUUUUCCCUUGCUCUUUCUGCUGCUUUGCUUUCAACUACUGCUACAGUCAGUGGCGUUGGAGUGCCUACAUAUUAUAUACCAUACCAAGAAAUCAUCACCAAACCAGAACCAUAAUAAUGAAUGCCAGUGUUGCCACCUCCUUUAUCAUUAUCACCUGUCUCCUUAAUCCCCUCCACUACUUGCAUGCCUUAACUUUCUUUCUGAGACAAAAUUCAAUCAUUACCCUUUAAUCCCAUUCCAUUAACCUUACAUUAAGGGUUUAAGGGACUCUAAGAAAUUUCCUUCAUUUUAGGACGCUAGUGGAUUCUAUGGCCCUGAAGCUCUUCUGGGUCAGCUUCACGUUGUUCUUCGGCUUUUUGGUUGUUGCUUUCUGUGAUCAAGAUGGUUUCUUGAGCUUAUCUUGUGGUGGAGCAAAGAGUUAUGUAGAUUCAUCUAAGAUAAAAUGGGUGUCAGAUGAUACAUUCAUAACCACAGGCAACACAACUACCGUUGAGUAUGCUGAAGGUACCUCCUCUUCGUCCAGCAUUGCACUUCGAUUUUUCCCGGAAUCUCGAGGCCGCAAUUGCUAUAAGUUCCCGGUAGAGAAUAUGUCCUCCAUUGUUCUUGUGAGGGCUCAAUUUGUGUAUAAGAACUACGAUGGACUUGAGAAACCUCCAGCUUUCUCGGUGUCUCUUGGCAGAGCUGUAGUUAGCACAGUGAACCUAACCCACAAAGAUCCAUGGAUCGACGAGUUCUUAUGGCCAGUGAGUAAGGAUACACUCUCAUUUUGCUUGCAAGCUAUUCCAGAUGGUGGAGCUCCUGUUAUUUCAUCACUCGAAGUUCGACCACUUCCUCGAGGCGCUUACCAAAGUGGCAUGGAAGAUAUUCCCAACAAGUCACUUCGAAAAAGUUAUCGAAUCAAUAGUGGUUACACCAACGGAUCCUUGAGGUACCCUGUAGACCCAUUUGACCGCAUUUGGGAUGCUGAUCAAAGUUAUACACCCUUCCAUUCCUCGCCUGGAUUCAACAUUCCUCUUAGCUUCAAUUUGUCAAGUCUAAAAGAGAGCCCUCCUUUGGAUGUGUUGCAGACUGCUCGAGUUCUCGCACGGCAGGAUGUGUUACAUUAUAACUUACCCCUAGAUAAGUUGGGGGACUACUACAUUGUACUCUACUUUGCCAGCAUCCUUCCCGUGUCUGCUUCUUUCGAUAUAUUAAUCAACGGGGACGUUGAGCUAUCAGAAUUCACUAUAAGAACCUCAGAAGCCAGUACUCUAUAUUUUAAGCAGAAGGGAAUCAUAAAUCUGGAUAUUGCACUUAGGAGCAUCAUAUUCUACCCUCAAAUUAAUGCACUUGAGGUUUACGAAAUUGUCGAUAUCCCACCUGAGACUUCCUCAACUACAGUUUCAGCACUUCAAGUUAUUGAGCAGGCUACCGGUUUUGAUCUCGGGUGGCAAGAUGACCCAUGCGUCCCAACCCCAUGGGAUCAUAUUGAAUGUAAAGGAAGUACAGUAACAUCAUUGGACCUUUCGGACAUCAACUUGAGGUCAAUUAGUCCAACGUUUGGUGACUUGUUGGAUCUUAAAAUACUGAAUUUGCAUAACACAUCGCUUUCAGGAGCAACACAAAAUCUGGGCAGCCUGCAGCACCUUGAGAAACUGAAUCUGAGUUUCAAUCAGCUUACAUCCUUUGGUUCUGAUAUGAACGGCUUGGUUAACCUUCGAGUUCUGGACUUGCAUAAUAACAGUUUACAAGGAAUUGUUCCAGACAGCUUGGGAGAGUUAAAGAAUCUACAUCUACUGAAUCUGGAGAACAACAAACUUCAAGGUACCCUUCCCCUAUCUUUGAAUCGAGAAAGUUUGGAAGUUAGAACAUCAGGAAACUUGUGUCUUUCCUUCUCGACAAUGGCAUGCAAUGAUGUCUCGUCAAAUCCUUCAAUCGAGACACCACAAGUUACUAUUGUUACCAAUAGGAAGCACAGGGCGCAUAGGCAUUUAGCAAUUAUACUUGGUGCAGCUGGGGGAACCUUAUUUGCUUUACUCCUUACUUCUCUUUUAGUAUUACUGUACAUAAAUAAGAGGAAAACUGAAGCGACAUAUACCACAAGUGCAUCAAUUGAUAUGCGAAACUGGAAUGCAGAAAGAAUCUUCUCCUACAAAGAAAUAAAAGCAGCUACAAAUAACUUUAAGGAAGUUAUAGGCCGCGGUAGCUUUGGAUCCGUCUACCUCGGAAAGCUAUCAGAUGGCAAACCGGUAGCUGUAAAAGUGCGAUUUGAUAAAACUCAAUUGGGAGCUGAUUCUUUUAUUAACGAGGUUCAUCUCUUAUCACAAAUUCACCAUCAAAAUCUUGUGAGCUUGGAAGGAUUUUGUCAUGAAUUGAAGCAUCAGAUACUUGUCUAUGAGUAUCUACCAGGUGGAUCACUGGCAGAUCACCUGUAUGGUCCGAAUAGUCAAAAAGUUUCUUUAAGCUGGAUUCGGAGACUGAAAAUAGCUGUUGAUGCUGCAAAAGGGCUGGACUAUUUGCAUAAUGGGAGCGAUCCAAGAAUCAUACACCGUGAUGUCAAGUGCAGUAACAUCCUUUUGGAUUGUGAGAUGAACGCGAAGGUCUGCGAUUUCGGCCUCUCUAAGCAAGUAACUCUGGCAGAUGCAACUCAUGUGACCACUGUUGUCAAGGGCACUGCUGGCUAUCUAGAUCCCGAGUAUUAUUCCACCCAACAGCUGACUGAGAAAAGUGAUGUCUAUAGUUUUGGGGUUGUUCUUUUAGAGCUCAUAUGCGGAAGAGAACCGCUGACUCAUUCCGGAACUCCAGAUUCCUUCAAUUUAGUGCUAUGGGCAAAGCCGUACUUGCAGGCAGGUGCAUUGGAGAUAGUGGAUGACAACUUAAAGGGAACCUUCGAUGUCGAAAGCAUGAGAAAAGCAGCCUUAGUCACCGUACGGUGUGUGGAAAGAGAUGCAUCACGGAGACCCACUAUUGCACAAGUGUUGGGUGAGCUGAAAGAAGCCUACAGUCUUCAGCUUGCAUAUCUUGCAUCUUUGGGACACUCAGACCCUCCAAAAAACACAGCAGUAAUCUUUGUCCGAAACAUCAGACAAGAAGUGAAAGGCGGCGAUGGUUUCCACUUUCAACUUUUUCUUCAAGACAGUCAACCACUUUCCCAUUCCAGGAAAACCCAGGGCCGAGAAAAUUCCAGCUGGAAAUUUUCAUUGAGUUUGAACUUCACUAUUAUCUUUCAUGAUGUUUGAUCAAUUCCGUGUUGUUAUUGUAUUUCUUUUACUACUUGAGUUCCAUUUCUCUGCCUUUUUUGAGCUCUUCAUGUUGUAAUGGUUUCCCCUACACUUACUUGGUGGACCUUAAUUGGUCUUAUAAGAGCCUUUGUCGGCCUUGCUCUA